CUGUGGGUGAAAAAUUUCUAGAGCAAAUAAUAUUUGGCAGUAUUUAUAGGGUUUAUACGAAGAACUAUUGGAGUCAUUAAGUAUGGUAACUAAAGCUAAGGGUGUCAAGCGUUCUGCUCCAUCGAGUAACUCGAAAGGUAACUUGAAAAAGUCCAAAGUUGUACAAAAGCUUCCAUCUCCACCUACUGAAUCUGAAGAAGAGUCUGGUUCUGAAGAUGAAUUAUCUAGUGAAGAAGACAUUGAAGUGUCUUCUGAAGAUGAAUUGGAUGAUUUAGAUAAGUCUGAAGAUGAAGAUGAAUUAGACGAUCUUGAUACUGAAGAAAAAGUAGUCAAAGAUGACGAAGAAGAUGAAGAUGAUGAUGAAGAAAGUGACGAUGAAGACAAAGAAGUAAGUAAAGAAGUUGAUCCAAAUAAGAAAUCUUCAAAAGAACAACAUGCAGAACAACGUAAAUUACUUGCUGAACGUAAGUUACAAAGAAAGUCUGGUGUUGAAGUUCAACAAAUUAAGAAUUUAUGGGAAAAGUUAAGAGUUACCAAACCUGCUCUUCCAAAACAAAUUAAAGAUAAACUUUGUGAUGAAAUAUGGGAAUUAGCUAAGGAUGUCAUUCUUGAUUUGGUUUUAAAACAUGAUGCAUCUCGUGUGGUUCAAACAUUAAUUAAAUAUUGUUCUAAGGAUAGAAGAGAAAAAAUUGUUGAUUCCUUAAAGGGUAACUAUUAUCAAUUAGCUACUUCAUCUUAUGGUAAAUAUUUAUUAGUUAAAUUAUUGCAUUAUGGAUCUAAAGAAUCAAGAACUAAAAUUCUUGAUGAAUUACAUGGUAAAUUACGUAAAUUAAUGAGACAUAAAGAAGGAGCUUAUGUUGCCGAAGAUUUAUAUGUUUUAUAUUCAUCAGCUGAACAAAAACAUCAAAUUUUAAGAGAAUUUUGGGGAGCUGAAUAUGCUGUAUUUAAAGAUUCAGGAAAGGGUAAAAAUGUAUUAGAAGUUACUAAAGAACUGUCAGAAAAGAAACAAUUAAUUAUGUCUAAUUUAUAUGGUACUAUUAAAGCAUCAGUUGAAAAGGGAUCUACAGGAUUUCAAAUUUUACAUGCUGCAAUGAAAGAAUAUGUUAGUAUUUUAGAAGAUAAUAUUGAAAUGAAUGAUUCACAAAUUAGAGAUUUUAUUGAUUUAUUAAAUGAACAAUUUGCUGAAUUAGUUCAUACUCAAGAAGGUGCAGAAGUUGCAAGUACAUUAAUUGCUCUUGCUAAUGCUAAGGAAAGAAAACUUAUUAUAAGAUCAUUAAAAUCUCAUAUUGAAGAACUUAUAAAGAAUGAAUAUGGUAAUAUUGUAUUAAUAACAUUAUUUAUGACAGUUGAUGAUACAGUAUUAGUUCAUAAAUCUUUUGGUCAAGAAUUAUUUACAAAAGAAUUAACUCCAAAAUUUAUUCAGGAUAAAUUUGCUAGAAGACCAAUUAUUUAUCUCUUGAAGGGAUUAGAUGGUAAAUUUUUUGCACCCAAUGUUAAAAAACAAUUAACUAAAUAUGAAGAAUUGGCUUAUAAGAAAACUUCUAAGAAACCUCAAGAACAAAGAAGAGAAGAAUUAGCUUCAAAGGCAUUACCUUUAGUAUAUAAGAGUAUUUUAGCUGAAAAGGAUGGAGAAGAAUUUGGAUUAGAUAAGACCCUUUCUAUUAAUUUAGUAUCUCAAUUUUUAUCGGAAUUAAUCUUAACUCCAACUGAUAAUGAAGAUAUUAAUAAUAAAUUUAGACCAGAAUUAAUUGAUGCUAUUUUUGAUAAAACUAUUAAAGGAGAUAUUCUUGAAGAUUUCCAUUUGGUUAAUAAAGGACCAUUUGUUACUAGACUUUUGAAAGCAUUAAUUCAAGGAACUGAUUUUAAAUGGAAUCCAGAAUCUAAGAAACUUGAAACUAAUACCACUAGUAAAGCCAUUCCUAAUACAGGUAUUGAAUUUGCAGUUAAAGUUGCUAAUGAAAUCAUUAAUAAAUUACAAGAUUGGACUACUGGUCAAGGUGCCUUUGUAGUUGUUGCAGUUUAUGAAGUCUUACAAAUACUGAGUGAAGAUUCUACUUUUAAGAAGUUUAAAAAGGAAUUACUUAAACAAAAGAAAGAGUUAGCUUCUGAUAAAGAUAAUAAGGGAGCUGCUUUAUUACUUAGUCUUUUGAAAUAAGUAGUUAGUUAGUUAGUUAGUUAGUUAGUUAGUUA